CGCAUGCGCAUGAAGUAGGAAGGAAGCGUCAUUGAAUCUUAUUUUUUUUUGGUCGAAACACGGUCUACAAGUCCCAGACCAUGAACUACGUGGGCCAGCUGGCUGAGACGGUGUUCGUGACGGUCAAGGAGCUGUACCGGGGCCUGAACCCGGCCACGCUCACGGGGGCCAUCGAUGUCAUCGUGGUUCGCCAGCCGGACGGCAGCCUCCAGUGCUCGCCGUUCCACGUGCGCUUCGGCAAGCUGGGCGUGCUGCGCUCCAAAGAGAAAGUGGUAGACAUGGAGGUCAAUGGGGAGCCAGUUCAACUACAGAUGAAGCUGGGGGACAACGGGGAAGCGUUUUUCGUGGAGGAAAAUGAGGAUUUUGAGUCCAGAGUCCCCGCCCACUUGUGCACGUCGCCCAUCCACAUGGAGCUCCUGGGGGAGGCUGAGGAACCCUUGGAACAGCCCGUCAGUUCCGGAAGCAUGCGCAGGAAAAAGCGCAGGCGCAAACGCAUUCGUUCUGAGUCCCACCGAAGAGAAGAUGGUAGCUCCUCGUCCGAUGAGAGGGAGCGGGAGAAGGAGCAGGCAGGAGAACAGGGGAGCCCUGCCACGUCCAUGCUCGCCAGUAAAUCUGUGUACUUCUCGUUAUCCGAGGAGCCCAAUGAAGAUCUGUCGGCCAUGCAGUCCAGGGACAUCCACCCUCACUCAGAGGGUGAGUGGUCCCCCUCAGAGAGGAAAAGCAUUUGUACACCUGAAGUAACUUGUUGCAGUGUGUUCUACAGCCGGCCUUCCUCGCCCAAGAGUGACUCGGAGCUGUUGAUGAAGCCUCAGGACUCUUUAGGACCUCAGAUGCAGUGGAGCUGGGGAGGCUUUCCCAAGAUGUGUCCAGCAGAGAGGGGGACGUUGGAGGUGCAGCGAGGUGUCCGCCCUUCGGUCGGCUCCCACUUCCGCACCAUCCAGCGUCAGGACUCGUUUGACAUGGGCCUGGAGCCUGGGGUCAACAGUAGUAUGACAGUGGUGGUCAGGCCGAAGCCCAGGAUCGCCGUGGCCCAACCGACAGAAAGCUCGCUCAUAGACCUAGAGGGAACAACCGACGUGUCCCACUCCACCCCGAUUCACCCCACCUCAGACCCGUCAACGUUAGCCUCAAUAGCAGUGGCUAGCGUAGACUCACCCGAGGCCCCAGUGCCAGGAAAAACAGAAGCAGAGCCACAUGUACAGACCCUGCUGGCAGGGGAGGAAGUAGCCCCAUCCAACCUGGAGCUGGAAAACCGCAGAAACUCCCUGGCUAGCAAAGUUAGCAUGGAUAAUGUAGACAACACUAGACCCACUAACAGUAAUUUCGAAUAUGUACCUAACACGGUUGGCCAAGUAAAUGGAUGCUUAGCCAAACGCAUCCCACCCAAAAAUGGCAGCAGGAAGGUCAGUAAAUUAUGCACAAUCAAUGCAGACAGGCUUGCUAGUGAUAGCACUUCAGCUAACACGACUAGUUUGGCCAGUGCGCCCAGCUUAGGUCCCAUUACCACAGAUUCUCUGUGUAGCAUAGAACACCCAGACCUGUCCAGUGGCUUUCUGGGACCUGACGGACAGGAGCCAGGAGUUAUCUUGACUGAGGAAACCGAUGUGGUUGAGGCCUGCACCGGGGGACUGAAGGCGCCAGACAGCGGCACUGCAGUGACAAGCAGCGCCACAUCAGGCUCCCUGGCCAAUCAAGCUGCAGAAGGUGCCGGAGUGAAAGAUGCGGGAGCCAAUGAGGCCGUGGGGGAGGGGCACACUGGCUCAGCAGACUUAGCAGGCAAAGCAGAGCACCAGGACAGGAAGAAAGGUAAACGCAGUCAGCACCUGGGUCCCUCUGACAUCUACCUGGACGACCUGUCCAACCUGAACCCCGAGGUGGCGGCGCUCUACUUCCCGCCAAAAAAUGAGACCGAAGUGGGGUUGCGGCUGGACGCGGAGCUGGGCCCCGGCUCAGGUAACCAGACCCCCCAGUCCGUGGGCAGCGGGGCCGUAGACAGUGGCAUGGAGUACCUGUCUGACAGUGCCAGUGACCACAUGGAUGUCAGCAUGUCGCUCUGCGGCGGCACUGGCCACACCAGCCAAAUCAACCGAGAUAAGUUCUUGGAGCACCUGGUGAAGUACCAGGAUUUGGUGAGCAACCCUGGAAUUAUCGAAGACCCAAACCUGGUUAUUUGCAUCAACUCAAAGUAUUAUAACUGGGCAGUGGCUGCCCCAAUGGUCCUGUCAAUGCAAGUCUUUCAGAAGAGUCUCCCAAAGAGUACUAUCGACCAGCUGGUGAAGGUCAAGAUGCCCAAGAAGUCUGGCCGCUGGUGGUUCUGGAGGAGGAAAGACAUGGACACUAAUCACAUCCAGGCGGGGGAGACCUCGAAGAAGGACCAGGAGGACGGCCAGUCGGAGACUGAAGUCUCAGUGGCAGCCACAGGGACCUCCACUGCCAUGCUGGCGACCAUCGAUGACCUGACUAGUGACGAGGAGACAGUCCUUUGCGGCGAGGGCAGCCUAUCAUCAGAGACUGUGGAGAAAACAAACACUGCCCAGUGUUUUAGCCAGAUGUAUCGCAAGUCCCUACGCCUGACCUCUGAACAGAUAGAGCGGUUGAAUCUGCGUGAGGGAGCAAACACCGUUAUGUUCAGUGUGACCACCCAGUACCAGGGCACCUGUCGCUGUGAGGCCGCCAUCUAUCUGUGGAACUGGAACGACCGAGUUGUCAUUUCAGAUAUCGAUGGCACCAUCACAAAAUCCGAUGCCCUGGGUCACAUCCUACCUCAGCUGGGGAAAGACUGGACUCACCACGGCAUCGCCCGUCUCUACCACAAAAUCCACCAAAACGGUUACAAGUUCCUGUACUGCUCAGCGCGGGCGAUCGGCAUGGCCGACAUCACCAAGGGCUACCUGCAAUGGGUGAACGACAAAGGCACCGUUCUCCCCAAGGGCCCGGUUCUGCUGGCCCCCAGCAGUUUCUUCUCCGCUCUGCACAGGGAGGUGGUGGAGAAGAAGCCGGAGGUGUUCAAGAUCGCCUGUCUCACAGACAUCCGAGACCUGUUCAACCCCCAGAGGCAGCCCUUCUACGCGGCCUUUGGCAACAGGACCAACGAUGCCUAUGCGUAUAAAGAGGUGGGUGUCCCUGACACCAAGAUCUUCACUGUGAACCCCAAGGGAGAGCUGGUUCAGGAGAAGAACAAAGGGACCAAGUCCUCGUACACUCAUCUCGGCGAGCUGGUGGAGCACUUCUUCCCUAUGAUCUCACAGGAUGGGUGGUCGUCCUCGUUUGACUGCCCCGAGUACAGCCACUUCUCCUACUGGAGAGAGCCUUUACCUCCACUGGACCUAUCUGCUUUGAAUUAGACAAACACACACAGCCUUUCCCAUCACGUUUCUCUUUUUAUUCUUUCUCAUAAACAUUUCUCUCUCUCUCUCUUUAUUUAAUACACUUUAUAUUCUUUUAUUCUGCAUUUACUCAUCUGACUUGAGCAUCUGUUUUUGAAAAACCUACAGGUACAGACACAAGAGAGCAGAUUGAGACCAAAUAUGAGCAAGUGACUGUACAUUUUAUGCAACACCACUGAAUAUUGUGCAAUACUUUUAGCAAUAAUAAACACUGUACUGACCAGGGCUUGUUGCUAUAAUCCACAUCAUACUGGAGCAAAGUGCAUUUGUGUUGCUCAAUAAUUCCAAAACGAGCUUUGUCAUUUUGGAUCGCUAUAUGCAUAACUUUAUAUUAGCAUGCUGUAAACUUUAUUACCUGUGGCAUUUAAAGACAACUGGACAAGAGCACGUUUCUGUUUUGGGUUUGUUUUAAGUAUAGUAUUUAAAAGGUUAAGUUGUAUUAGUCACGUACACACGGCAGAUGUUGUUGCUGGUGUAGUGAAGAGUUUGUCUUGUGGAUUCCUGUGCUGUUGGCCUACAUUGACUAUCCAUACUGUUCACCCUGUUUAAUGUUAACAGUUGCAUAUUUAUUAAAAAGUUCUACGUUUGUUAUACAGUUGAA